GUGUAUGAAAGAAAUAAACGCCACAAUUCAGCAUAUUUUCGUUUGAUAAAAGCGUAUAAAUUUGAGGUGCUCUGUGAACUGGUGCGGGUAAGAGAUGCGAUUCGAGGGGGAUUAAGGAGUUGCUAAAUUAUGACAUAGAUUGGGCUGUGUCUGACAAGAUAAAUUUGGACAACACAUUGAGACCAUGGGUUUCCAGUGAGGUUACGGAGUUUGUGAGGUCGCAGAAAGAUUUUUGCGGGGUUUGUGGAGGAACCUCAUCUUUGGAAUCAAGUCAGCAGGGGAAGUGACCUUAUCAGAAUAUGAUGUUCCAACCCCCUAUCCGCAACUAGAUGAAGAGACGUUCAACACAGAGAGGGGGAUAAGCAAGCAAUUUGGUGACAGGUAUAGUCGGAACCGGCAGUAUUUGCUGAUGGCAUUUGACUAUGAAAAUCUUUGUGAACUCAAACGGGUUAAUGAAACAAUGCCCAAAACGAAGGAGGAGCUGUUCUCUUGCAAGAUAAACUGGGAUGUUUAUAACAAGCAUGAGCUGCAUGCGAAUAUGCGACAAGGAAUAUGGAUAGAGACGUUGGAGUUCAUGAGGCAGAAAGAAGAAGCUGGUCUGGUGGAGGAUGAAAUUAUAUGGAGUAUCUUUGAUUAUCAUGCAUCAGCGUCACAAAGAGAGUUCAUUGCACAGGGAAAAGCUAAUACGGUGGUAGAUCAAAUCAUGCAGAGUCUCAGCAAAGAUCGCAUGUCUGCAUCAGAAAUGACAGAGCUUCUUCAACCGAUUUUCGGCCAUGGGUCUGAGAAAUUUGUAAUGAGGAUGUGGCAUUCUCUCAUUUGCGGAAUCAAGUUACUUGAAGCUGGUGUCAAGCAAAGAGGCAUUAAGAAGAGAUGGCCGGUGUUGUUAGUACGUUGAGACAACUAUGCUAUUUUGAAAUUUGUUAUUUUCUUUUGUUUUUUGAAACUCCAAUGCAGACUUCCUCUAUAAAUUA